AUGUGUCAAACAUUGCUGAUGGAUAUUCUGAUUUUGUUCCACAGGCUGCACAAGAGCGUUCAACAAGCGUUUAAUAAUAAAGCAAGACUCAAUCUUCCUCCUAGUUAUAAAGUCAGCUGGAUGGAAACUCUGGAUGAUGAAAAGUUGAUUUCUGACAUCAAUAUUCCUGGUACUCAUGACACCAUGGCCCUUCAUGGAGGACCAGCAGCAGAAUGUCAGUCGUGGUCAUUGCAUAACCAGCUGCUCGCCGGCAUACGCUACCUGGACUUGAGAGUGUGGGGGAAGAAACUGAUAAUUGUGCAUGGUGUGAUUCCUCAAUUUACAACGUUUGCUAAAGUUUUCAACGCAACAAGUAACUUCUUGUCUCAAUAUAAAACAGAGACCGUGUUGAUCAGAGUCAAGGAGGAGUCAGAAGGCAAAAUUCCAGAAAAUUUAAUUAUUAAACUUAAAAAUGAUCCUGGUUGUUGGGUUAGUGAUCAAAUACCCCGAAUUGGAGAUGUGAGAGGAAAGAUUGUUUUUGUUCAGAAAAACAGCUUUAAAUUGGGAAUCUCUCUGCUUGAAACUGAUCAAAGAGGUGACUAUAAAGUCAAAAAUAUCAGCGAAAAGGAAGAUAAAAUUACUGAGCAUCUGAAACAGGCCUUAGGUGCACUUAAAACUGAUAGGGCUGUGCUGAGCUAUACCAGCGGCACAGGCUUGCCUCUGUGGAGGAUAUUCAAAACUCCAAACCGUUUGGCAAAAAAAAUCAACCCUUGGCUGUAUGGUUAUCUCAAAGAUGUUUCUAAACAGAAUCUGAAGCGUUGUUUUGGGAUCAUAGCGAUGGACUUUCCAGGCUUUGAUUUGAUACAAAAAAUCAUUGGUUUUAAUAAUUAG